AUGUAUCGUCUACCUAGUUUGAUCCGUCCUGCCCAGCAGCGGUUUUCUCUCAAAAUCCUCUCCCCUCGGCUGGCCGCAGGGUUCAGCACUUCACACAAGCAUCAAGCUGCUAAGGAACUCAAGUUUGGAGGUGAUGCCAGGUCAAAUAUGCUCAAAGGUGUUGAUAUUUUAACUGAUGCUGUUGCUGUGACGCUAGGCCCAAAGGUUUGACAGUCUUUCUGUUUUUAUUAUGAACACAAAUAACUAGGUUGAUGCCCAAGACAUCACAUUACUGUGUCGUAGUCAGAAUGUUGAACCGAUGAGCAUUGGUAUUCAGAAAUGCAAUUUUUUUAAAUUUGAAUCUUACGUAUACUAUUGUUGACAUACAUACGUAGAUAUAUACACUGUUUACAGGUACAAAUUACAACGCCUGAAGGGGGAUCAUGAGGUUAUCCCUAUAUUAAGACUCCUCUGUACAGAAAACCCACCCAACCCAGGAAAGGUUGGCCACACCACCAGGGCAUACAUCCCCUACUCUAUUUGAACAGUGGUGUUUGUUCUUGUGUGUCCCACGAAAACCAGGUAAGAGAAAAUGCUGUGAGAUGGGACCUACAGUUUUUUGUCCUUAUUCGAGAAGACUAAAAAGUCUAACUGUUUGGCGAUAUCGUUACAAAGGCUGCACUUUCUUCUCAGUUAUUUAAAGACCCGGCGUGUUGGUCUGGCUGGGUUUGAACCCUGGACCUCUUGCUCAGCUCCCAACUGAGCUAGCUAGGUGGUGGAGAAAGGAGUGGUUGAGAAAUGUACUUGCCUCGAUCUAAAUAAGGAACUGGCAACACCCCUGUUCACCAUCAAUAUUUUUAAUCUUUAAAAGGUUUAUUUAUUUAUUCCCAUUGAGUAGGCCGUAGUGUCUGUUGGUUACUAAAAGCACCUAAUGGUUUUGCUAAAUCUAUGUCCAAAGCAUUCUAACGGAUGGCUACUUAAACAGUGAUUUUUUUCUUUUGGCCAUUCUAAGGAGACAUUUUCCCAUAUGUGAGUUCUUUCUCAACUGGUAGAUGAAUAGGUACAGCAUAUUACCUACUAUGAAUGUUAUGCCCCCCUUUUUUGUGGAUAUUUCACAAGUCAUUUAAUAUUAUUAUAGUACUUUUAUCUGCUAUCAUUUUUCCACAAGUUGAAAGCUAACAAGCCAUUCUUUCCUUUUUCAGGGCAAAAAUGUUAUAAUUGAGCAAAGUUUUGGAGGACCAAAGAUCACUAAAGAUGGUGUGACAGUAGCCAAAGCUAUUGAACUUAAAGACAAGUACCAAAACAUUGGUGCCCGCCUUGUGCAAGAUGUAGCCAAUAACACAAAUGAGGAGGCUGGUGACGGUACCACUACUGCUACUAUUCUGGCCCGAUCCAUUGCAAAAGAAGGAUUUGAAAUGGUGUCUAAAGGGGCAAACCCUCAGGAGGUCAGACGAGGUGGGUGUGGCUGAAGCCUACAUUUUCUUUUCAGCCUCUUCAAAUGGCCGAUUGCACAAUUGGUUUCCCUCAAUUAAUACUUAUCCCGCCGGACAUUAAUUUAUCCGGUGGAUAGUGCCAUCCAGCUUUUGAACAAAUGGUGCCUGGCAGUUGUCCUUACACAGUCCUCAAUACUACUUUAUCCCUAUUUACAUGAGUGUGGGAGAGGUUUUUAAACCAAACAGAAGCUUUGUCAGUCGCAAACCCUUGAAGUAUAAGGUCAACUUUAAUUAGUGUUAAGUGAAAAAGGCCCAUGCAUAUUUGAAUGGAGGCCAUUGUCUCAUAUCAAGAAAUGAUAUUACCAUUGUGACAGAGGGCUGUGAGAUGCAAGCUGCUUUUCUUCACUUCAACUUGUUAGAUACUUAGGGGCUGUACUUGACAUGGAAGCUGGAGGAAGAUCCUAGUGAAGGAAGAUCAUCCUAGUGCCAUAUGCUUUCUUUAUUCAGUUUUACUUGCAAAGGGCUGUUUUUGUCCCUAGAACUAGGAUCCUCUUAGUACUAGAAACUUCCUAGCUCCCAUCCUAGCACAAGGAAGAUCUUAGCACCAUGUAAACUGCUUUCUCUAGGAAGAUCCUGGUACUAGGUACAAACCAGACAAAAAUGCCAGUGGGUCGUUUAGUGGGUUAAGUCACGGUAAGACAAUUUUGUUUGGCAUUACCAGGUUGUAAAGAAUUGCCAUUUGUUGCUGAAAGGUGGUUAUUAAGGCCAGUAAAGAGAGCAGAAGGGGCCAAAUUGCAUGUUUGUUAUUGUUGCCCACCAUCUUUAAUACCUCUUCUUCUUGAUAACCACACAGACUGAAAUUUCUGCAUGUAAACCCAACAAAAAGUAAUUGUUCCGCCUUCUAGGAUCAUCCUGGUGCUGCUAGGACUUUGCUCCCUCUAUGCAAAUAGCCCCUUAGGGAAGGGUUCUUACUACAGGCAGUAAAUGCAUGUAGUGUUAAUAAAAAAUGUAGGCUCGCAUUCAGCUGUGUUGCUUUUGCAAAGUCUUCUUGUGCUAAUUAACACUUUUUGAUGGUAUUCUUAACUGUUUUACCAGGUGUUAUGUUGGCUGUUGAGACUAUUGUUGAAAACCUGAAGAAAAUGUCCAAGCCCGUCACUACUCCAGAAGAAAUUGCCCAGGUAUAUCGACUAGUUGAACUUUCAAAGCCACACUCUAGAAAAGAAGUAAUAAUUACAUCUUAAUUCUUAGUUCUAGGCAGUUAAUAGUACGUAGAAUUAUUUUUCUACCACUGUUUUGAAGGGUUUGUGACCUACCAUAAUGAUUUGAUUUAGAAUCUUUAUAACCAAUAACAUCAUGCCUCGCUGAGGAGAGAUGGCUGUUUUCACAGGCCACGUCAUAGCAUAACUGACAUUUGACCAACAAUAUGAUGAUUUACAAUAGAACCGCCAUUAAGUGGCCACCUCUGGUGUACAGGCAAGUGGCUGUUUAAUGGAGGCUGGCUUCUCAAUAGAGGUUCAUCUUAAAUAAGCAGAAUGGUUAGCAGAAACAUCACUUUAUUUCAAAACAAACAUGUGACGGGAGAAGCAUUUUUGGCCCACAAUCGUUUAUCACCAUCUAUCCUGAACUGUAUUUUCCUUCAUCAUAUUCUAAAUGAAGCUGAACUAAGUGUAUCAAGGGCUUAAUUAUGGUCGCAUAGUAGAGGUGACAACAAUGGGAGGACUCUUGUUGGGACGGCCAAAAGGUGGCAGCAGCCACUUAAUAGAGGUGGCUGCUUAUUAGAGAUUUAAUUUCCAAUUCUUUUCUACAAUUAUUUUGGGACUUUGAUUACUGGCCACUUAGUAGAGGGUGGCCGGGUGAUGGAGGUUCAACUGUAUUUGACCAAUCAUGUCAUGCUUAUUAAUCAGUGAGAGUUGAAUACCAUUAACUGGUCAUGAUACAACUCGCCUUGUAUCUGAAGACGACUUCCGCCUAGGUUUUCAAAGCAUCAGUCAUUGUCAACAACAGUCCUAUUCAGGACAACUCCGGAGGAGCACAUAAUUCCACCUACAUAUGAAAUGAGUCCCGGGGUCAAACCUUUCACUGCGAUACAUUUUUUAAGCAGUGUUUAUUUUUGAGGUAUAAAUUUUAUUUAUAAGACAGGCCAUCAACUUACUUCUAGGUGGCAACAAUUUCUGCAAAUGGAGACAAAGGCAUUGGUGACCUGAUCUCAUCAGCCAUGAAGAAAGUUGGAAAAAAUGGAGUUAUUACUGUAAAGGUGAACACUUGAAUUUCAAUAUUAUACUUUUCGAAUGAAUUAAAUUACUGGAAAAGUUAUUGAUGUGAGUCGCACACACAUUCCAUUGAAGGCUUUGACAGGGUUAGUGCGAAGUUUGAAUUCAGAUGUGAAAGCUUUUAAAACAGUAAAUUCAAUGUAAUUCAUUUUGUCAACAAGUUGAUGAUUGGAUGCUCUUAAAAAUAACAGAGAAAAUUAUCCGAAGAAAUAUGUUUUUGAAGAAAGAAAAAGAAUCGCGGGUUAAGCACUAAUCGGCCUUUGAGCAACUGCGCCCUGUAACGCGCGUCAGUAAAACAAAAUGUUCCAUUUACACGCCCGACACGACGCACUCUGGCCAAUGUCUCCUCCGAUUACAAGCACUUGACACCGAACCAUACGAUAUCUUUUGAAAACGUUCUUAUAAUGAUUCACAGUUUAAAUAGAGGUUUCGCUGUAGGCAACCCUUACGUUCAAAAUGUGCCAUAAUCAUAUUUACCUAUAUUGCAACCACCCUUCCCCCUCAACUGCUACCUGUACGCCUAACAAACAUAUGGAACGCACUCUCCUAAGCUCCGAUUUCUCCUAGUAUAGUUGACUCAUUAAGAUUUAAAUGACAGGAGAUUUGAUACCAGGUUAAUGUAUUUAAUUUUCACAUUGUAGGAUGGCAAGACUCUUCAUGAUGAAUUAGAACUGAUUGAGGGAAUGAAGUUCGACCGUGGAUACAUUUCCCCUUAUUUCAUCAACACAACCAAAGGUAUUUUGGCAACAUAAAGUGAGGCCAUGGCUAAAAAUUAUUAAUUAUUAAAUUAUUAAAUUUAAGGGGUCAGUUGAAGUUUUAUUGCAGUGAAAUGUUACAUUGACUGUUCACAUUUUCCAGUGUAGGUAGUUGUCUACAACUUGGUUAUUCCUCACACAAUGUCAGUUAAUUAAUUUGAAGUUCGAUCAUCUUUGCCUCUUUGAAAGAGUCUGAUUGUUAAUGUUGCACCCAUUGAAUAAUGGCCAUCUUAAUCCUAUGACAAUUUUUUUUUUUUUCAGGACAAAAAGUUGAAUUCCAGGAUUGUUUGGUUCUUCUUUGUCAGAAGAAGAUUUCAUCAAUUCAGCAGAUUGUCCCUGCCCUGGAACUUGCCAAUGCACACAGGAAGCCACUUGUUAUCGUAGCUGAAGAUGUUGAUGGUGAAGCCCUUACCACCCUUGUACUCAACAGGUAACUAUCAUUAUUUUGAUAAAUAUUGUAUGUAACCCCUGAGUGGACAUGGGUGUAGGAGCCAUGAGGCAAUUUGAAAUGAAGAGUAAAUAAAAUAUAAUAAUUAUUUAAAAUACUUUUAUUAUAGCUGUCAUUGAGCUGUUUUACGUAGACAAGAAAUUACACAAAAUGCUAUAGGUGAUUGACAUUUUUAGCUUAAUUAUAACUAUAAUGAAAUUCUCAAUCCUGAUUGGCUAUCAGCUGUCCUGAUUUGAUAAUAGGACAGCAAUACGCAUUUAGUAAACUGAUACUCAUAUAUCCCUGUUAUAGUCAUAAUCCAACUGUGGAAAGUAAUUGUGUAUGUGAUAGGUUUUAUAAUUUUAGUGUUAGAAAGAUUUCAAGAAUGACCAAGAAUGUAUAUACUCAAUAUAGUUAUAUUUCAUUUUUUAUUUAAUUAGGGAUACUUAUUAUGCUUGUAGAUAAUCUGUGUCCCCCAUUAGCUGUAUAGCUAAAUACUAUGACAUGUAAAUAAAGUAUUCAAGUAUUUGCACAGUACGUGUCAGUGCGUGUGCACUUGAAUUUUUUUUUUUUUCACUUCUAACCUGAAAAACUUUUGGAAUAUCUGGUGCUUUACUUUUGAAAAAGCUGCAAAUAUCACUAAUUUUGCUUAAGUUUACGAUUAAUUGGUAACAGGUAACUUUGUGUCAUCUAAUUCAGUCUGCAAUCGUAUUUCUUAUUAAUAAAAACGGACUCUCUCUAUGUAGUCAUCUAAUUUUGUUGACCACUAAGUCUUGUAUGAUUACAGACUGAAUUGCACUCCACUCAGUCCUGUUACCAUAAUAAUGAUAACUAAAAUGCCUUUUCUUUAUUUUUUCAGACUUAAGGUUGGUCUCCAGGUGGCGGCAGUUAAGGCCCCAGGAUUUGGCGACAAUCGUAAAAACACUCUUCAAGACAUGGCCAUUUCCAUGGGUGGUAUGGUGUUUGGAGAUGAUGCUCUGGAAACAAAACUUGAAGAUGUCCAAAUACAGGAUCUUGGUGAAGUCGGAGAGGUGUCAAUCACCAAGGAUGACACUUUGUUCUUGAAAGGCAAAGGAGAAAAAGAGGAGGUUGAAAAGAGGUGUGCUCAACUGAGGGAAGACUUGGAGAUAACAACAUCAGAAUAUGAAAAGGAGAAAAUAAAUGAAAGAUUGGCCAAACUUUCUGAUGGUGUUGCCAUCUUGAAGGUAGGUAAUAGAAAUGUUUUUUCUAGUGUAUGAUAGCACGGCUUUUACCUAACAGCAUGCUUCGGAAAUAGCUCAUUUAGUAAAACUUUUAAGGAGGCUAACAAAUUUUCUUUUUUGUGCAAUAACUUGACAACUUCAUAAGCUAUUGAAUAAUAACAUUAAAAAACAGUAUAUUAUUGACAUUAAAGGUUAACCCAAAGUGGUUUAUGGCUAUGCAAAUCUUCCAGCCAAAACGGAUUCUUAUCAGCCAUUGGUUAUUUUAGAUAUGGGUACUAUAUAUAUUUUUAAAAAUGACAUACGUAAUUCUUUUUUGAGGGUCACACUGUUUUCGUCUUGAAGAGAAGUUUAAGAGGUUGCACCCACGAUAUUAGCACAAGACGUAAUUUUUGACUUACACUCCUUGACAAUUUUUUUAUUAACUCUUUAAGCCCCAAGAGUGAUCAGCAUCAAAUUUCUCCUUGUAAUAUCAAUGCUUCGUAAAACAGAGUGGUCAUGAAAAUUACAGACAUGAUCACACAAGAUGAAGUUGCUUGAUAUGUUAUCAACGUCUUCCCACUACCUCUGUAGGAAAUGAAUAGGGGCAACAAAUGAGAAUUCAAAUUUUGAUCUUAGGGUUUAAAGGAUUAGUCGUUGCGUCUUAUAGAUUGGUGGUUCCAGUGAGGUGGAAGUCAAUGAAAAGAAAGACCGCGUUACUGAUGCUCUUAAUGCCACAAGGGCUGCUGUGGAGGAGGGCAUUGUUCCAGGAGGAGGUGUUGCAUUGUUGAGAUGCAACAAGAGCCUUGACAGCGUUACAACAGCUAAUGAAGAUCAGCAAAAGGGAGUGGAACUCGUCAGGCGAGCUCUUCGCAAGCCCUGCCAGACUAUUGCUGAAAAUGCUGGUGUGGAGUCAGCCCUCGUGGUCGAGAAGGUACAUUUAAUUGAGUAGUAUUAAUGUUUGAACAUUUUACAACAAGUUGAUUAUGCACUUUUGUUCUGUUGAUCGAAUGAAAACGCCAGACACAAAGGUAAGAAUCGUAUUUUAAUCACACACACACGCUCUCGAUCUAGAAUUAAAGUAAACAUGUUCGUUCGUUGGCACUCGGGCUUACAAUGUAAAAUAAGCAGAAAGAAAUCUAAAACAGCAUUGAAAUUGAAUGGACUCUCACUUCUACUCCAGCACCCGUAUUUAGACAAAACACUUCACACUUUACCCUUCUGGUUUUCUAGUUAGCAACUUCUGUCGAAUUAAAUUAAACAGAGUAUGUGCAGUAUAAACUUUAACAACGCAGGCGUGCACCUUUGAUUUUAAGGGGCUGUUUCAUGGUUGUCUAGUUCAUCUUUUUAAUAAUGCCAAUUACUUGUCCUUCUUCACAAUGGAGCUUGAGAAAUACAUGUAAAUGACAAUAUCAGAGGAUCGAGUAAAACAAAAUUGUUUCCCAAGCACUAUAUCAAACGUAACAAACGACAAAAAUGAACUUCGAAAAACUGUUAGCCUGGCAAGUUUUCAAAAACCACAAUUACAAUCUGUUUCAAUCUUUAAGUUUGCCAUCCGUGUUAGGCGUCCUUUUGUAUUCCCUGUGAUAUUUAUACCUUCGUUUCAUGUUUUAAGCAAUCAUUUUGAAGUUCCACUCAGUCUGGUGGCAUUUUUCACUGUUUGAAUUUAUAAAUUUAGUGGCACAGGUCCUUUAAAUAGUUGGACGGACUGUUCAGGAGAACAAACUCCACUCCAACUCUGAUGCUGAGUUCCGCUCGGGUUGUUGGAACAUCACGUCCUUUCCGGGAGAGUUAGCAUGUGUAUCAGUUUUUGAGGUUUAUCUGAGUGACUGAGGAGGAAGGAUUAGUUAGUUAGUGCGCAGCCUUCUGUCCGGAAGGUCCCGAGUUCGAUUUUCAGGUGUGAUCUCCAAUCCUUCUUUCGACUUCUCUGCUGUCCGUGUAGCUUUAAAUAUCCGUAAAACUGAGCACUGAUGGAGAGGGAGGGUAAAAUGAAAGCACCGUCAGCCUCAGGUUUGUUAGUCAGAUCACUGUUUUGAGCCGACUUAAGAUAAGGACUCUUCACCUUUUUUUAGUUUGACUAUGGCCACGUGGAUAUCAAUAACAUCUCUCUUUGCCGAUUCUAGGUUUUCUCCAUGGAGGGUAACCAGGGCUACGACGCACUUAAUAACACUUAUGUAGACAUGAUCCAAGAGGGCAUCAUUGACCCCACAAAGGUAGUGAGAACUGCCAUCACAGAUGCUGCUGGUGUUGCCUCGCUCUUAACGACAGCUGAGACGGUCAUUGUUGAGAUGCCAAAAGACGAGAAGGCCGACAUGGCUGGAAUGGGAGGAAUGGGAGGAAUGGGAGGAAUGGGUGGAAUGGGUGGAAUGGGUGGAAUGGGAGGAAUGGGAUUUUAA